AUGUCUGCGGAUUCUACUGAAAGAACUGCGUUGUUAUCGGACAAUCCGUACGGGACGCCCGGUGUUCUAGAGAGUGAAUUGCAAUCUCAAGAGGGUAACAAUCGAAGUGGUCCUACGAAUGAUGUGAAUCUGAAGAAAAACACCUCUAGUAAUAUUUCCAAACUAGGGCCGAAUAUGGCACCACAAAGGACAUCACGUACUAUUCAGAAAUUGAAAUUGCUUCCCGAAUCUCUUGACUACGAGACACCAAGUAUUGAAGAUGCGAAAGCAGGGAGUAGUAAGACCAGUGCUCUGAAACAGUAUUCGUUGCAGAAAAUCAAAGACAGAAACGCAAGAAAGGAUGCAGAAAGGUUGGGUAAGAAACACAGAUCCAUGAUGCCUCGAGUGACAGCUUAUUGUACUGCUGGAAGUUAUAAGAUGAGAGAUUUCAUCAGGUGGUUAAAAGACAAGAGGAGGUUACAUUCCACUGCACCUAAACUAUUUGACGAAUGCAUUUAUACACCCUUUAUGUUUAAGGAUUGGAGGAGGGCCAGAAGUGGUAGCACGUCGAGUACCAAAUCGAACGAGGCAGCAACGAAUAGCAGAAAAAAUCGGUUUCAGUUAGAUGAUGAAGGUGGGGUUAUUGAUGUUGGUAGGAGAUCCACUGAUUUAUUUAUAUUUGAGUAUGGAGUCAUUGUGAUGUGGGGGUUUACGAAACGGGAGGAACGAAUGUUAUUGAUUGAAUUGGCCAAAUUUGAGAAUGAAAAGCUAUCAGACGAGGAUGUUCAAAAGGAGGAAUUCAAUUAUUAUAUUACACAAAGCUACCAACCUAGGAUUUAUAACGAUUUCAUUACGUUAAGGGAUGAUAGUAAUCACAUGCUUAAGUUGAGUAUAUCGUAUGCGAUUUCACAGAGUGUGAAAAUAUCAUUGUUUGAGGAGUUGGUAGAUAAUACCAUUGAAGAUACGCAAGAUAUUCCGCAACAGAUUUCACAAACGGGUAAGGUUAAAAUGACGAGAGAGGAGAUUAUGAAAAGUAUUGGUGAGUUGUUUAUCUUACGAAUAAAUAUCAAUUUACAUGGUUCAAUACUUGAUUCGCCAGAGUUGAUGUGGUCUGAGCCUGAAUUGGAGCCCAUUUAUCAAGCAACGAGAGGAUAUCUAGAGAUCAAUCAACGUGUUGCGUUGUUGAACCAAAGGUUGGAGAUCAUCAGCGAUUUGUUGCAGAUGCUUAAGGAGCAACUCGGCCAUAACAAUGACGAGCAGCUAGAACUAACAGUAAUUCUUUUAAUUGGAGCCGAAGUUUUGGUUUCUUUAAUCAACAUUAUAGUUGAUUUAUACUCACAGCGAAAUACAUGA